UAUCCAGGAAGGAGCGGCGGCGGCGGCGGCGCAAGGAGGAGUUGGGGCGCGCCGGGGGACGUUGCACGGUUUUGGUGCCAAGUGGUUAAAGAAGAAAAUGAGAAGGUUUUUAAGGCCUGGACAUGACCCAGUAAGAGAGAGGCUCAAGCGUGACCUUUUCCAGUUUAACAAGACUGUUGAACAUGGCUUCCCCCACCAGCCCAGUGCCCUGGGUUACAGCUCUUCCUUCCAUCUUAUGGCUAUUGGAACCCGGUCAGGAGCCAUCAAACUCUAUGGCACUCCAGGAGUUGAGUUCAUGGGCUUACAUGACGAGACCAACACGGUUAUGCAAAUACAUUUCAUUCCUGGCCAGUGCCGCUUAGUGACGCUGCUGGAUGACAACAGCCUGCAUUUAUGGACCCUGAAACAGUCCCACAGCGGCGCAUCUGAGCUGCAGGAGGAAAGACAUUUUACACUCCGAGGACCCCCUGGUUCCCCUCCAAGUGCCACCCAGGUAACAGCAAUCCUCGCACAUUCCUCACAGGAACUUCUGUACCUCGGCACUGAGAGUGGUAAUGUCUUUGUGGUGGAGCUCCCAUCCUUCAGAGUGCUAGAAGAUCGGACCAUCAGUCCAGAGGUUGUGCAGCAACGGGUGCCAGAGGAUUAUCGAAACAGGCGGUCACUCGAAUUGGUAGAAGCCUUACGGGAGCAUCCCCGGAACCCCAAUCACAUCUUGAUUGGAUACAGCAGGGGCCUCAUUGUCCUCUGGGACUUGAUAAAUAACAAAGCCACACACCAUUUCCUUGGCAAUCAGCAACUGGAAAACCUCUUCUGGCAGAGGAACGGCCAUCAACUCAUCAGCUGCCAUUAUGAUGGGAGUUAUGCCCAGUGGCCGAUUACCAGUGAUGAUAGGCAGCCUGAAGUGCUGGAAAGCAAAGUGCCUUAUGGUCCUUUUCCUUGCAAGGCCAUCUCCAAGAUUUACUGGCAAACAACAAAGAACGGGCUACCUUAUAUUAUUUUUCAAGGAGGGAUGCCACGGGCAAGCUACGGUGACCGGCAUAGCAUUUCGGUUGUUUACGGCAAUCGGCAGACUGCCUUUGACUUCACUUCCCGGGUGAUAGACUUCUUUGUCAUUGCCAAUGCCGAUCCAUUUGCAGAGUUUGAUGACCCAUCUGCAAUGGUGGUGCUAGCAGAAGAAGAGCUGGUAGUAAUAGACCUCGUGUCUCCAGGGUGGCCGUCCAUCCAACCUCCAUACCUUGCGUCUCUCCACUGCUCGGCCAUCACAUGUUCCCAUCAUGUCUCCAACAUCCCUCUAAAGCUGUGGGAAAGGAUCAUCAGUGCUGGGAGCAAACAGAACUCUCAGUUCUCUAAAAUGCCAUGGCCAAUUAAUGGAGGCACCAGCAAGGCUCCUGACCCACCCCAGCGGGACUUGCUUCUUACAGGGCAUGAGGAUGGCACAGUGCGCUUCUGGAACGCUUCUGGUGUUUGUCUGAACCUCCUGUAUAAGCUGAGCACAGUGAAGGUGUUCCUCACAGAUGCUGAUCCCAAUGACAAUAUGAACCAGAUGGGAGAGGACGAAUGGCCUCCGCUGCGCAAGGUUGGCUCCUUUGACCCUUACAGCGAUGAUCCCAGACUUGGGAUCCAGAAGAUCUUCCUGUGCAAGUACAGUGGCUACUUAGCCAUAGCAGGGACAGCAGGGCAGGUACUUGUGAUGGAACUAAAUGACGAAGAAGCAGCUCAAGUGAUCGACCAUGCGGAAGCAGACCUUCUCCAGGACCAAGAAGGCUAUAAGUGGAAAGGUCAUGAACGGCUGAAAACCAGAGAUGGGCCUGUUCGAUUUGAGCCUGGUUUCCAGCCAUUUGUCUUGAUCCAGUGUCAGCCACCAGCUGUAGUUACGUCACUGGCUCUCCACUCAGAAUGGAAACUUGUGGCCUUCGGUACAAGCCAUGGCUUUGGGCUCUUCGAUCAUCAGCAGAAGCGGCUGGUCUUUGUCAAGUGUACCCUGCAUCCCAGUGACCAGCUGGCCUUAGAGGGGCCUCUUUCCAGGGUGAAAUCCUUAAAGAAGUCCCUCCGUCAGUCCUUCCGACGGAUGCGAAGGAGCAGGGUGUCAAACAGAAAGCGGCGAACCGGUGAGGUGCAAGAAGGCAUUUCCAGGCAUGACCAUGAUGCAUUACAGGAGAUAGAACUGGCUCCUGUGCAGCGGAAGAUUGAAGCACGUUCAGCAGAGGACUCUUUCACUGGCUUUGUGCGCACCUUAUACUUUGCUGACACCUUCUUAAGAGACAGUUCCCGGCACAGUCCGUCCUUAUGGGCAGGUACUAAUGGGGGCACAGUAUAUGCCUUCUGCCUCCGUGUUCCUCCAGUCGAGAGAAGAAUGGAUGAGCCUGUCAGAGCAGAACAGGCCAAGGAAAUCCAGCUCAUGCACAGAGCUCCUGUUGUCGGGAUUGUGGUUCUAGAUGGUCAGAGCACACCUCUUCCAGAGCCACUGGAAGUAGCCCAUGACCUCUCCAAGAGUCCCAACAUGCAAGGUAGCCAUCAGCUUCUCGUGGUGUCUGAAGAACAAUUUAAGGUCUUCACAUUGCCCAAGGUCAGCUCCAAACUGAAACUCAAGCUGACCGCCCUGGAAGGCUGUCGGGUGAGGAAGGUGGCCGUCGCCAGCUUUGCCAGCUGCAAGACCGAGCACAGUGAGAAUGACCUGGCUGUUCUGACAAACCUGGGAGACAUCCAGAUCGUCUCUCUGCCUUCGCUCAAAAUCCAAGUGCGCUAUCCCUGUAUCCGCAAGGAGGAUGUGAGCGGCAUUGCCUCCUGUGUGUUCACCAGAUACGGGCAAGGGUUCUAUCUCAUCUCUCCAUCAGAAUUUGAGAGGUUUUCCCUUUCCCCAAAGUGGCUGGUUGAACCGCGAUGUUUAGUCAAAGCACCUGAGAAUGCAAACAGCCAUCUGCACAACACAUCUGGCAUGGAGAAGACUUCAAGGAAAUCUAACAGCCGAGAAUCAGGACGGAGUUCUGGUGAUCCAGGUGGAGAUGAGGGCCUGCCUGGAAAGCUAAUGGAACAUGCCCUGCUCAAUGACGAAAGUGUUCUGAAGGAAAUCCAAAGCACUCUGGAGGGCGGAAGAGGAAGUUAUGGUGACAGAAAUUCAAGGAGAAUCCAAGUAGGACACAGGCUAAGUAACGGAGGAGCAGAAUGACUGUGCUCUGAACAUGUCACCAUGAUGUCUGGCGUUUGGAAAGAGUGCCAUAACACUACUGACUAUAUACAGAGCCACCAUCCGUGGGGAGAGGCAUCCACUGUGCGUGGCCGCAGAAUAAAUUGCAGGGCUGAGUCUUGCUUGGCCACCCGCCUCCUGGUCCUCCUCUUCACUGUGCCUCACCUGAAGUCCUCUCCGUCUCUAGAUUUUUUUCAGCCUUGCACAGCGGCCGGAACGGUUCCCUCGGCCUCUUUCCCUUCAUGCUUCUGGAUAUAUAUAUAUAUAUUUUGGCGAGUCUUCAAAUGUUUGCACAAUUUCUUUCCUCUUUUUUUAAAAAUUUCUACUGGGAUGGGUUUUAAAUUAUAAAUGUUGCUGCCUUGGGAGCAGAGUUUUUUUUUAAUACUAUUACCUCUAAGAUUUUUUUUUUUUGUACAUUUUUAAAAAUCAUGGGUGUUUAAUAGAGACAUAUUUUAGAAGCGUGCUUUUUUUAAAAAAAAUUAUUGAAUGAAAUAAUAUAUGUCACUUUAGAUCCCUGUGGCUGCUGUAAACUUUUUCAAUGCAGAAAAUGCAAGGUUUUUGUUUUGUUACUGUACUGUUUAAGUGGUUUGGCACACUCGGGUAGAAUAUUAUUUUUGUAGCUGUACAAAUCGGGGGAAAUUAAUCAAAUGUAUCUUGAUUUGUGUGUGGACACUACAUUGAUCUGUCUUGAAAUAAACCAGUACCUUUACCUGCUUUUUAUUGUGGCCAAGAAGCUUUCUGUGACAUUGCCUCAUUUUUACAUCCCCUGAAAUGUUGAGCAGCCCUGUAGCUGCAGAAUGGGACAUGACUUAUUCCUCUAUACUGGGAGUUCCCCACAUGCUGUAGAACAGAAAGACCCACAGAAUCUCACGUGGAAGGAA